UUGUGUAGGUGCUUUCUAACAGGGCUUUGGUUUCUACAGAAGUUAAGCUUGGUACUAUAAAUUUCCACAGGUCAGGAAAUAUAAUCACCCCAAGGCAUUUACUAGAAUGCCAUCCAGUGAUCAGCUUUUUUCGCUUAACUUCAUCAUGAGCACUUACUUGGCCCCUGAUGUCUACUCUGAUAACCCAAGGCAUUCAGCUUCACAAAGAUUGGCUGAAGGUUUGCCACCAUAUACAUCAAAAAAUCUGGGCGCUUCAUUUAUUAGCAUUUCUUAAUUGGAGAGUUUGUACUACUAUGUCCUGAGGUAUGCUCAUCCCGACCUGUUUCUCCAACCAAACAUGCUGUAUUCAUAUCUAGAAGGGAGCUUGCCUUUGCCAAGCUCAAAGUUAUUAGAGGACCAUCGGCAGUUCACCAGUUUUUUCCCAUUAAAUAUUCAUGAGCAUAAAAGAUACUCUGUAAAAAAUGAGAUCAUCAAAGCAAUUGUUCUUAUUGAUGAUCCAGUUACAUCGCACAUGAAGGAAGAUGUUGAAAGGUUCAAACAUUUAUCUGGUCUGGCUGAUUUGAAGAUUGACAAAAUCAAAUCUUUAUCAUAUGAACAUGGAUACCAGAAAAGUAAAGAAGAUGAUGAGCAGAACAGCAUGAAAAACAGCGAGGAGAUAAUUUCUGGCUCUAUUGCCUAUGGAAAUGGUAAUGCAUCAGCUAAGUUUCAAGAAAACAAUAGGAGAAAGCACCAGUUGGACCCUCUGCCGACAUCAGCAUUCCCCCCCUGUCAUGUCUAUGUUAAAUCAUCACUGCGAAGAAGCAUCCAAGAGAACCUGCAAAGGGAAUGGACCUGCUCUGGGCCACCUAUUGGUGUUUUGGACAUUGGUGUCAGCAAAGUUGCAUACUUCUUCCGAGUUGAUCAGCCUGGAGUGCUGUCAAUUUAUGUUGAAGAACAGGAACAAGGUAAGAGAAUCCACAUUUUCUUAAUAAGAAUUAUCUUGUUGAUGCAAUGCUGUCAAGUUGCCCAAUGUAUGAUUUAUCAAUUCAUUGUCCAACAUGUUGGACAUCUAUAUAGUGGUCAUAGGGAGCUUCGACCUUCUGAUUUUCAAGUCCAUCAGAUACCCAGCAAGUUAACAAUGGGCCAGCAUAUUCUGAUUAUUUCCACCUACAAGUUUUUAGCAAAUCCUAUUUCUGGGAAGAGCAAUGAGAAUUUUCUCCUCUUAGGUAAGUUCAGUUGUGAGAUUGAAUCCAAUGGAAAGGUUCAUCUCCAAGGAUCAACCUCUGGUGGCGGGACUAUUAGGAAACGCUCGCGUGUUUUCCAUGGGACAUUCCAGCAAUUGUGCUCAGCUGGACCGUUUACACUUUCAUUCAGUCUUCCAGGACCCGUUGAUCCAAGAUUGUUCUCACCAAACUUCAGAUCUGAUGGCGUUUUUGAAGCUGUUGUCAUUAAACACAAGGAAAAAAAGUCAUUGUGCAGUUUUUCUCUUAAUAAUCUUAUCAUAAAAGGAAAUAUUGCCUGUUUAAUGACACCAUUAGAGAGGCGUGUAAUGAGUGACCCUGUUCUUUUCGGCAUUUUUAAGCCGACGCCGAGCAGCGCUACCUCUCCCUAUCACCCUCCGCUGUUCGCUUCUAAAAGUAGACGGAUCUUCUGGCCAAUGUGUAUAAAGGAAGUUGAUGUCAUGGGUGUUGAAGAUUAUGCAGGCCAUUCAAAAUUGAAGCCAUCUGUUGUGUUAAAUGGAUCUGCAAAAGAAUGUAAUAACGGACCAACUAUCGGUCUUAUUGACAUUGGUGUCAGCCAAAGUGCCUUUCUUUUCCGAGUUGCAUUGCCUGGUAUCAGGAACGAUCAAAGUAAGGUAAAAUGUGAGAUCCAACGUGAUGGAAAGGUUCUUAUACAGGGCAUGGUAACAGAAGGCACUGGACUGGUGCAAGGAUUAUCGAGCAUAUGCCAAAUGAGAGUUGAGAAAUUAUGCUCUCCUGGGCCAUUCACCAUAUCCUUUAAUCUGCCCGGACCAGUUGAUCCACGACUUUUUUCUCCUAGGUUCCGUCCUGAUGGCAUUCUGGAAGUGGUGGUCAUGAGAUACAGGAGGCCAAGUGAUUCAACCGAUGCCUGGGUUCCACCUUCUUGAGAUCAUUGCAAAAAUGAAAAGAAAAUGUUCUUGUUAAAAUGAUUACCUUGUUUUUUUUUUUGGUUCGGAUUGCAUUGAAACAUGCUGCUGUUUUAAAAUGCGAACAAGUGGAGCGAAUUUUCGAAUGGACAGAUCCAUUAUCUAAUUCCUCUAGUUGAACAAGGUAGAAAGAUUUGUAGGGGGUGGUGCUUAUUAAAUCGUGUGAUAUUCCCCAUUUAAACCAUCAAAUACCUUGAUACUAUAAAUAAUCUUGUUAUGGUAUGGUAUGGUAUGGUAUGGUAUGAUAGGGAAGUAUAUAUAUACACAAGGUAAGGGGAUUUUUAUUAAACGUACCAAGCAUAUGUGUAUUA